GGAGGGGGGGAACGAAAUUGAAUAUUACCCACUGUUUUGUACCAAUUUAUCUAAAAAUGUUGUCAAAAGGCAUUCCAAAAAAAUUUUCAUUAAUUUAUACAACUGACAAUUAUAUUUUGAAAAAAGAAUCUGAAAAUUUUAAAAAAUUUAAAGAAAUUGAAAAUGAGGAGGAGAAAAUUGAAGGAGAAUUUUUAGUAGAACAGAAUGGAUACAAAAAUAAAAAGGAAAUUGUUGGCGGUUUUUUACCACUUUUGGAAGAAAAUUUGUCUAAUGGAAUUUUUAGUAAUGAAUUGGAAAAUAAACCUUUUGAUAAACAAAUAAAUUUAAAAAAUUUAUUUCCUCAAAAUUUAAAUAAAAAAGAAUUAAAAACAUUGAGAAAUAAAAGAAAAAAAGAGAAGAAAAAGAGGAAAAAGAAAAUUGAAGAAGAAAAAAAUGGAUUGAAGGAGGGAUGUUUGAUUAUUGAGGAAGAAAAAGAAAAAAUUGAUGACACGAGACAAUCACCAAUUGGUUUUAUUAUUAAUGGAAAUUAUUCUUUCAUUGAAGCUAGAGGAAUUGCUUUAGGAUACGCUUUAUUAUCUUCCCUUAAAUCAAUCAACACAGACAGAAUUGUUUUUGUACAAAACACUGAAGAAAACUUUUACAAAGCAAUUAUUGAAAUUAAUUUUUCGAUUGCAGAAAUUUAA